GCCUUGCGGCUGCCGGGUGGGAAACGGCGGUUCGCUCUUCAAGCCGAUGGUCGGCCGGGUGGGUGACUGGAGCCCACCCAGCCUCUCGCGCUCGGCAGGCGCCUGCGGCUGGCGCCGGUAUCCACAAAAAGAGAUCAGGUCAAAACCAGUGUCUUCCAAGGAGUUGAAAGAGAACCCUCAACCUAAAGCGAUGUCCCCACAGGUGGAUCCCAGGAGUGCAAGGAGGUUCUUAGCUCCCGGACACCAUCCGUCAUUCUUAGCCAGAAGUCUGACUUCCAAGAAGAGUCCCAGCUGUUUGCCCAGCUGCACCUGGCUGAGAUGGAGAAGGUGUUUGAGGAGGACACUCACUCUCCUGCAGGCUCCUCGGGGCUUUCAUCCUGUACCAAUGGAAAAAGACCUCAUCAGCGCACGGCUUCUACCAGAAAGUGCUUCUCUGUGAGCCCUAAGCUGUGGAGGGCCAGGCCAACAGAACACUGGGUGCUUCAACAGGACUUCCCAGGCUGAGUUCCUUGGGAGGCAGGAGGCCCAGGAAGAUAUUUUUACCUGGCUUUCCUGUGGUUUGGGAAAAGUUCUGCCAGAAACGGCUAGUCUCGGAGCUCUGCUGCUUACCUGCAGAUCUUGGUCGUGGGUGACUGCCAGCGAGGUCAGAUCUUUCUCGUGCUUCUGAUCCUGUUCUUUCCCAGAGGGGAAGGGACCCCACCCUGAUAGGCAGGAAACUAGAUGUGAGUGGGAUGGAAAGAGAAUAAGGCCAGAAAAAAGCCCAUUAAAGGAGACCCAGAGUUAAUCAGUUGCAGCUCAGAAAAGCCAUGGAGCAGUUUGGCCUGGAAUGUGUGAAUAUUCCCCAGAGAGAGGAGGGUACCUCAGCAGAGCCCAUGGCUUUAUUGUGUUAAUCAUACAGGCCCAGCUUAUUUUUUUAACUUUACCUAUAUACUGUUUUUCCCUAAUCAAGUAGUUUGCAAUCUGUCCAAUUAAUAAUGACAAGCAAGCCCAGCAUAAACAACACAGUAACAGGCAGGAAGGAUUCCAUCUUAAAAAUAAGAUUGGGUUUUAACAGCCAGGACAUUAAGAAGAUUCUUAACUUACACUUUAGCAAACAGACAAUAACUCAGCCCACCUUGGGGGCCGGGCAGGCAGUCUUGAUACGCUCCCAGGCCAAGAAAUGCCGGGCUCCCAGGGAGAAAUCAGAGCAGGAAGUUCCCUGUGCUACAUUAGUUCUAAGUAUAGAAAGACCACCUAGCAGGUCUGCACCCCCAGCCCAUAGUCACAUUCCUGAAGAAUCCUUAAAAGGGGGAACCCCCAACCUUUCAGGGCACUCCUCUCCUUGAAGUCGCCCGCACUUUCUAAGUGCAUGACUUUUUCACUGUAAACUCUCUCUUUUGAACCUUGCAGGGUGCUGCGCUCUCUCUGAGGUCACCUGCUCUUUUUCUCUAAGUAACGUUAAAUAAAUCUUUUCCUCUGCUUCA